AUGUGGCCAGAUCUUAUACAGAAGGAAAAAGAAGGAGGGUUAGAUGUGAUUCAAACUUAUGUUUUCUGGAAUGGACAUGAACCACAACCUUGUCAAUAUUAUUUCGAAGAUAGGUAUGAUUUGGUGAAGUUCAUUAAGCUGAUUAAGAAAGCUGGACUCUAUGCUCAUCUCAGAGUUGGUCCUUAUGCUUGUGCUGAAUGGAAUUUUAGAAUCACUACAAAUGAAGGAGUUUUAGCUCUCUGGAAAGGUGCGGGUCCCACUGUGGUUAGGGAAAUGGCAUUGAACAUGGGCAUGCAUGCAUCCUAUGAUCAAAGUGUUGAGUUCUUGGACCAUAUUACCCUUCUUACGCUAAAUGAAUUUGCGACUUAUUUUCUUCUUCAGAAGUGCAUAUUUGAGAAUCCACAACUGAGUACCUUUGGGAGUGAAGCUAAACUUGAAGAAAUAAGAAAUAUUGUUCAGCAACUACUGAGAUGGGCAUGGAAACACAACAAGAACCUUCAAGAACAGGCUGCUCAACAAGAACACCGCAACACCGUUUACAAUACCGUAGGGAUGCUAGAUGCCACCUGGACUACUGUAUUACUUGGACCAACUUCAGCAUGA